AUGGCACAGCUGUGCUCUCAGGUGCAGUCUCCGCCAGCGAGUCCCACUAGCUCCGGUACCUCUGAACCGACCGAUUCUGAAGCAUCGGCGCGCCGAGCAUCGGCACCGCCCGCAAAGGGGCUGGCAACGCAUAGACCUCCGGUAUCACUCGACCAUCGGUACCUCCCUCACAUCAUUGACAUCAUCUUCGACGUGGCUGAUCCGUCCACGCAGAUCAAGAUGUCCCAAGUCUGCCAUUCGUGGCGUCACAGGAUCCUUCAACGAUACUACCACCUCUUGAACCCGACCGGGAAUGACGAGGAGGUCACCUUUAGGCACUCGUCCGACGGCGGACAGCAGACACUCCGCUGGCCCGAGCACCAGCUCCUUCUGGCUUGCCGAGUCAUCGACAUCACCAGUUCCGGCUGCGCUCUCGAUUAUACCUGGGUCACUACUAUGACCGACACGAUCCGCUUCACCAACCCGAGCUCCUUCUGCUGCUCUCCGCCUCUACCGAGAGUGCCCUUCAAGCGUCUCAUCUGUCAGAACUUCUGGCCACCCAUCGUGACCUCACAGUGGGCCGACAUCACGAACCUCAUCGUGAUUUACGGCGACGACUUCCGGACCAGUCCCGCCAAUAAGCUGAUGGCCUUGCCGCACGUUUUACCCAGCCUCAGGUCCAUCGUGAUCAUCUGCCGCGAGAGACCCAAUGAGCAGCGGACAGCCCAGGAGAAGGAGUUCUGGAUGGAGCUCAACGGUGCUCUGGAGCUUUGGAGGGCACGAGCUCCGAGUCGAUAUCCGCGCGUUUACAUCGUGUCGGCCAAUGGCGACCGGCCGGCACUUCCGCUGCUGAUGUUCCCGACCGUCGCGUGGUCCUUAGAUCAGUACAAGAGGAUCAUAGGAGAAAAGGAGUACGAGAUUGAGACGGAGUUUGGCAAGGUUCUGGCCCCCUAA